GUAUCGUUCGUUUUUAGAUGGAACAUAAUAAGCCGUGCGUUUUACUUUACAUUACCGCACGCAUGUAUAAUGUGAUAGAUUAUGAUAUUGAAAUUGGUGCAAGAAGAGACGCUUAACGAGCAAAUGUGUUAUAAAAUAAAUAAUAAAACUGAUAAUUGAUGUUGAAAGCAAAAUUUGUAUUCAUAAAAUCCAUUGAUAACGUCAAAAUAUAUCAAAAGAAAUUCUUAUUUUUUUUAAAUUCAGCCAAACAGUUCAGCCCAAAGCCCUAUGAGUGUUUUUAGAUAGAACACAAAAUACACGGGCACUAUCAGAGACGAGAAAAACGUGUCAUUUUAUUCUCCUCGGGUGGCAGCCGACCCGGCCAUACGUGUUUUAGUCAGCAACUCACCGCGGCCAAGAUGAUCAAGCUGCUGAUUCUACUUCUGAUCGCGGUGGUGGCAUUCUUGCCGAUAUACCUGAUAUACUUGAAGAGCCCACCUCCACUGCCCGAGGUUGAUCUGAAUGCGUGGUGGGGGCACGGAGAGCCCAAGGAAGACACAGCCAUCAAGCCGUACAAGAUCAAAUUUACUGAGCGUAGUAAAGGACCUGAAGGAUCGCCUCAAAAGCCGCCGUUCUUUCACUCCUCCCCUUGAAGGCGUCGCCUUCGAGUAUGGCUUCAACACCAACACCCUGGACUCCUGGGCUACGUACUGGUUGGAGAAGUACAAUUUCACGGAGAGAGAGAACUUCCUGAACCAGUACCCACAUUACAAGACCAACAUACAAGGACUGAACAUCCACUUCAUCAGGGUUACACCUAAGGUUCCAGCAGGCAAGCAACUGGUGCCCAUGCUUCUCCUCCACGGCUGGCCUGGUUCAGUGAGAGAGUUCUACGAGGCCAUCCCUCACCUGACUGCCGUCAGUGAAGACAGGGACUUCGUGCUGGAACUGAUCAUACCGAGUCUACCAGGAUAUGGACAUUCUGAGGCUUCAGUGAGACCAGGAUUAAGUCCACUUGAAAUAGCAGUGAUCUUCAGGAAUCUGAUGCAGAGGCUCGGCUUCCAGAAGUACUAUAUCCAGGGUGGCGAUUGGGGUUCCCUUAUUACAUCUAAUAUGGCAACACUUUUCCCGAAGGAGGUCCUUGGUUACCACACAAAUGUCGUAUUCUUGAAGACAUCGACUGUUACCUUCUUCGAGUGGUUGGGUUCAAUUUACCCUCCUCUAGUAGUGGACCAACAGUUAGCUGAUCGUAUGUACCCACUGUCAGAGGUGUAUAGCUUCAUGGUAGAAGAAAGCGGCUAUUUUCAUAUACAAGCUACAAAGCCAGAUACUGUUGGUAUAUCUUUACUGGACUCUCCAUCAGGGCUCAUGGCCUAUAUUUUGGAGAAAUUUUCAACUUGGACUCGUAAGGAACACCGGUCGAAGGUCGACGGCGGCCUCGAGUUCCGAUUCACCAAAGAUCAACUGAUCGACAACCUGAUGAUGUAUUGGACCACCAGAUCCAUAACCACUUCCAUGAGGCUAUAUUCAUAGUGUUUCAACAAGAAAUACAUGGCCUUAAAGAUGGACGAAAUCCCAACGGAAGUACCGACGUGGACCAUUCAAGGGAAGAACGAAUUGGGAUACUUACCUCCUUGGCUUAUCAAGUUGAAAUACCCAAAUCUUGUUAAAGACAACCCCAUAGAUGACGGCGGUCAUUUCUUGGCUUUGGAACUACCUCAGAUGUUUUCUGAAGACGUUCUGAAUGCAGUCCAAGCUUUCAGGCAAUGGCACAAGAGCAGUAACGAUAAGACUGAUUUAUAAAAUAUCGCAAUUCCUACAAACGAAUUUUUUGCUUGUAAAUAAAAUUUAUAUUUUACAAUAAAUAAAAUUGUUUUAUAAUAAAAAUCACCAUCAAGUGUUUUAUUAACCGAUUAACAAAUGAAUUUAGGUAUAUAUUAUUUUCUUUUGGUGCAGUGAAAUAAUACCGUUUGAAAUAUAGUGUAUACCCAUAGCUUUUUACGUUGUGUGGAGCAAAAUUUCACAAAAUGGUAACACUAAACACUAAUUGUACUGUAAAGUGCAUUGGAUUUAGUUCUGACUAGAAAAUGUAACUUAAACUUUAUAUAGUAGGUAAUUUGAAAUGAUAGAAUGAUACAAAAGGUCAAUUUAUGUUCGAUUCAAAAAUUUUAGUUACAAUAAUUCACUUAGUCACAAAAAAGGGGAAGUGAUUGAAUCUUAAAUCAGUAAUUUUCGUCUAAUGAUGAGCCAAUAUAUUCAGAUGAGCUUUCGUCGUCUGUAUAUUUAUAUAUAAAUUUCAUUUUUUAUAAUAUCGAUAUUGACGUCUCUGUCAUAAUCUUCCUUUAUUAUUUUUCGUGCCUUUUCUACCACUUUUGCCCUGUCUUCUUUAGUGAUUUUAGCACAAGUUUCUUUCAGCCAUGUCAUCAGUCUUAGCGGGGAAUGGCGGCUUUGUAUUAUAGAGUCUUGCGUAUCCUUUGACCACAGCGAAAAUUAGAUUUAAUCUCGACUUACCAACAGAUUUAUCAAUACAUAGAAGACUGUAUUCGUCCUCGGGUGGCAGCCGACCAGGCCACACGUUUUAGUCAGCAACGCACCGCGGGCAAGAUGAUCAAGCUGCUGAUUCUACUUCUGAUCGCGGUGGUGGCAUUCCUGCCGAUAUACCUGCUAUAUUUAAAGAGCCCACCUCCACUGCCCGAGGUUGAUCUGAAUGCGUGGUGGGGGCACGGAGAGCCCAAGGAAGACACAGCCAUCAAGCCCUACAAGAUCAAAUUUACUGAAUCAGUAGUAAAGGACCUGAAGGACCGCCUCAAAAGCCGUCGUCCUUUCACACCUCCCCUUGAAGGCGUCGCUUUCGAGUAUGGCUUCAACACCAACACCUUGGAUUCCUGGGCUACGUACUGGUUGGAGAAGUACAACUUCACGGAGAGAGAGAACUUCCUGAACCAGUACCCUCAAUACAAAACUAACAUACAAGGACUGAACAUCCACUUCAUCAGGGUUACACCUAAGGUUCCAGCAGGCAAGCAACUGGUGCCCAUGCUUCUCCUCCACGGCUGGCCUGGCUCCGUGAGGGAGUUCUACGAGGCCAUACCUCACCUGACUGCCGUCAGUGAAGACAGGGACUUCGUGCUGGAACUGAUCAUACCGAGUCUACCAGGAUAUGGACAUUCUGAGGCUUCAGUGAGACCAGGAUUAAAUCCACUUUCAAUAGCAGUGAUCUUCAGGAAUCUGAUGCAGAGGCUCGGCUUCCAGAAGUACUAUAUCCAGGGUGGCGAUUGGGGUUCCCUUAUAACAUCUAAUAUGGCAACACUUUUCCCGAAGGAGGUCCUUGGUUACCACACAAAUCUAAUAUUCUUGUUGACACCGACUGUUACCUUCUUUGAGUUGUUGGGUUCAAUUUACCCUCCUCUAGUGGUGGACCGACAGUUAGCUGAUCGUAUGUACCCACAGUCAGAGGUGUACAGCUUCAUGUUAGAAGAAAGCGGCUAUAUGCAUAUACAAGCUACAAAACCGGAUACUGUUGGUAUAUCUUUGCUGGACUCUCCAUCAGGGCUCAUGGCAUAUAUUUUGGAGAAAUUUUCAACUUGGACUCGUAAGGAACACCGGUCGAAGGUCGACGGCGGCCUCGAGUUCCGAUUCACCAAAGAUCAACUGAUCGACAACUUGAUGAUGUAUUGGACCACCAGAUCCAUAACCACUUCCAUGAGGCUAUAUUCAGAGUGUUUCAACAAGAAAUACAUGGCCUUAAAGAUGGACGAAAUCCCAACGAAAGUACCGACGUGGACCAUUCAAGGGAAGAACGAAUUGGGAUACUUACCUCCUUGGCUUAUCAAGUUGAAAUAUCCAAAUCUUGUGAAAGACAACCCCAUAGAUGACGGCGGUCAUUUCUUGGCUCUGGAACUACCUCAGGUGUUUUCUGAAGAUGUUCUGAACGCAGUCCAAGCUUUCAGACAAUGGCACAAGAGCAGUAGCAUUAAGACUGAUUUAUAAGAUAUUUGUUAAAAUAAAUAAAAUUGUUUUAUAAUAAGAUUCAUCACCAAGUGUUUUAUUAAGCGAUUUCAAAUGGAUUUCGAUUCCGAGAUAUAGUAAUUUUCUUUUAGUGCAGUUAAAUAA